AAGAAAAGCUGAAAAACUAAAAGCAGACAAAUCAAAGUCUUCAUGUUGUGGUUUCUGCCAAGGCGGACGAUCAGAUGGACCAUUUCCUGAUCCGCCGUUUGGGAUAGAGUUACAAGAUCCUACCUCUACGGAAAUAACAAUUUUGUGGAACGAACCUAAGAUGGAAAACAACGCCGUGCCAAUACUAGGAUACCGGAUAUACAGACGGCUUAAAACGAACCCAGACGGCUGGACAAAAGUGGGAAAAGUGUCAGCAGACGAGCUAGAAUUUCGUAUAACUGAUUUGACUCCAAACAUGAGAUACAUAUUUGGUGUUUCUUCUAAGGGAAAGAAUGGGAAAAGCACAAUUGUUGAAACACAGUCGACUACUCUAAAGAAACAGCCCGUGAGACCCGGAGCACCAACAGAGCUAGACGUGGCUAAAAGAACCAGUUCAAGCAUAACACUGAGCUGGAAGCCUCCCAGGAAAAGUGGUUACUCCAGGAUUCAUACCUACUACCUGAUGAUGAAGGACUGUGAAGGAAACUCGGCCUGGACGUACCUGACAACAUUACAAGCCUUUGACAGGUUUAUGGAUUAUAAAGUCACAGGUCUGAAACCUAAUCAUCAAUACAGGUUUAGAGUGAAUGCUGAAAAUUCCGCCGGCCUUGGGCCUCAUGCAGAAACAAUAACAUUGGAAACAACUGAUGUUGAAGCAGGUAAUCCAUUCAACACUAAUGAAUUUCAUUAG